AUGUCUGACUCUUCGGAAAUAAUCUUCUCGCAAUAUGCACAAGACCCCCUGGAGAACUUUACGCAGCACUGCGAAGAACUGUUCGGUGUGCAGCCUGUUGAACCGAAGACAGAAAGAAAAGGGAGGCCUAAGAGAGAUGCGAACAGUAAGAAGAAGGCGAACAUCUCAUCUAGAUCAUUUGUCAUACGCAAAGAUCGGAAGGGUUCAAAGCUGAUCCAAAUAAAGAUUAUAGACCUAACCAGUGACGCUGUAUCGUUAUCACAGACGCAACAGACUGAUGUGGAAAGUGCGGACAAUAACGUGGUACUCAGUGCUCAGUAUGUGGUGCAAGAACCAAACACGGAUGAAGUGUUAGAUCUUACAGAAUCGUUAGUUAGGAAAAUAUCUAAAGAACUCUGUGAUUUGGUUGAAAACAAAAAAACCGAUGCCGUAACAUCGGCUAACAAAAACAAGGGAUGGCGUAAAUUAACAGAAGAGUUCAACUCUUUGAGCUCUUUCAGUGUCCGAAACACUGAACAAUUAAAAACUUGUUGGGACAACAUAAAACGCACCACGAGAAAGGAUAAGGCAAGGACUAAGAAAGAAUUGUUUUUAACAGGAGGAGGCAGGCCAAAUCUUCCACCAACAGAACCAUUCCUGGGCCAGGUAGAAGUGCUACUUGGGCCAACAUUAAGUGGACUGGAGAAUCCAUUUGAUUCCGAUGCCCAAUACUCGGAACAAGUUUUAUCAGAAAAUGAAAUUGAAGUACCACAAAAUGAACUGAUUGUGAUUCCAUCAAUACCUUUGGAAUCAGAUGAAUGCUCAAAGGUAGUACAAGAGAUUGAAUGCACUGGUCCGUUGGAGAUCUCAGAACAGAGAGAAGAUGAAUGUUCGAAUGCAGUACCAGAGUGCAAAGAUGUGAAAAUGUGGAAUGGUUGGUCACCGGCUGCAUUAAAAUCUAAAGUAUCUGACCCAUUGGUGCUAAAGAAAAAGAAAAGUCCAUCAUGGUUGCAGAGAAGACGACCGAAGGCUUCUAUACAGGACAAAUUACUACAAAGUAAAUUGGAAUUAGUGGAAAUUAUGAAAAAAAAUAAUGAAUUGGAUCUGAAACACAAACUUCUUCUACAUGAAGAACAAUUGAAACAGGAAAAAAUCAGAACCGCAAUAUUGGAGUUGCAAUUAAAAAAAGAACAAAACAGCUAAUUUGUAAGCAAAAACUUCCUAUGUUCUAUGAUUUUAAGUUUAAUAAGUGGAAAAAUAAAAUAAAAGUUUUGAAAACAGCUAGUUAUAUUUAUUGAAUUAUCUUAUUUAUUUAAAAAUUGAAAAUAAACUUCAGUAAUUGUAGGUAGGUACCUAUAUCACUUUACAAAGCAGUUAAGUACAAACUCUUAAAGUAGUCAUUAAUAAGCUGCCUGCGUACUGGAUUAAUGUCCCUUGUGGUUGGAUCAGUUCUGUUCCCAUUGUUUCUUUGUUCUCUGAUAUGGCCUUGUUGCAAUAAUUCUUCCCAUGGUUUUGGAAGCUCUAAAUCAGGGUCAUCUGGUGGUAAAUCUUCCUUUGCCCUUAUGAGAAUAUUAUGCAGUACUGCAGUGGCCACGAUAACAGGCAGGCAGUUUUUUAUUUGAAUCUGCAUUCCCAAAGCGAGCACUGGGAAGCGACGUUUCCAAACUCCAAACAGGCGUUCAAUAGGGUUUCUACUUCUUAUCUGAGACUCAUUAUAGAGUACCUCCUCUGGUGUCCUUGGAUUUUCCAGUGGCAUCAUGACAUAAGGUCGAUUCAUGUAUCCACUGUCAGCUAGAAGAACUGCAUCACCAUACCGGUUACUUUCAAAUAAUGCAUUUCUAUAUGAGGCAUUCCAAAUAGUCUGAUCUUGACUGCUUCCUGGCCAUCUUGCCACCAAAUCUAAAAUUUCUAGGUUUGCACCACCAAUGGCUUGCACAUUUAAUGACAUGUAACCUUUCCUAUUCCUAAAAUACUCUGCAU